AUUAUUAUUAUUAUUAUUAUUAUUCUCUUUAGAAUAAUCUAUUAUCUUCAACUUACUCUACAACUUCCAUCCUUUCUUUAAGUUUCUCUUUCUCUUUAUGUCAAGACGGUUUUCGACUUUGGAAUUCUCUACUCCUACUUAUCAAAAGGAUAUGUCCAAUGAUGUGCGACUGAAACUGGCCAAAGUCAGGUCAAGAAGUCGAUCUUUUUGUGCUCCGGCCUCAUCUCCUUCCAAUGAAGUGAAAUCAACCAAGAAACCAAGCCAAUUACCACGAUCCUCUCUUACGGCAUUAACUACCUCUGCAAAGGCAAAAGUCCGAUCUCCUCAUAGUUGUACCAACAAAUCAACAAACAUCCCUGAAUCAAACAACAAUAGACGCCAUUCUACAAUUGUUUCCUCUUCUUCAACAAAGUCAACUCGUCAACGUACUAGAAGUACAAAAUCAACAACUCAACAAAAGAUUUAUUCUGAUGUAUGGAAAAAUCAAAUGGAGGAUGAUGAUAUGAUGAUCAAGUUUUUUGAAAGUGACAGUGAUGAAGAUGAACUCUUUUUACGGAACAAGUCAAAACUAACUACAACCAAUAAAGAUACCAAACGACAAAGACGUACUACUAUGCCUCCAAGAUUAUCUAUACAACAAUCAACUUCUGAUUCAAGUCACCCUUCCUUUCCUACAAAAGACAACAAUACGAAUGACAAAUCUAUGUGGGAUGAACUCAAUGAAUUGAAAUCAAGGCUGGCUAAAUUGGAAGUAUAUUCGCCAGCAAAAAAAGAAAAAUCCAAAAUCAAUUCAACGCCUUCUCAACCAUCAAGUCCUUCUUCCAAUCCUUCACUUUUCCCAUCACCACAUGCCUCCUUGGUGGAUUCUGCCUGCUCUGUUUUCAACAACAACGAAACAUCAACACAACUUCAAAAGGUAUUGCAAGAGACAGCUCUUCAGCUUGGUCAGUGUUUACGACAGGAUCAUGACUCUAAUAUCUAUCACAAUGCAUUCACUGAUACUUUGAUUGCCUUGGUAGCCGAGACAAUUACAAUCAAUCAAACGUUAACAUCAUACGCCACUCAACAACAAUCAGGGAUGAAACAUGACAACACUCUUAUGUCUUUACAUAAAAGUAGUGAACGACAAGUCAAUCUCUUAGCAGAUACUUUACAGUCAUUAGUGAAGCAGCAGCAACAACAACAACAACAACAGCAACAACAGCAACAACAACAAAAAAAACAGGAUCAUCUUGUAUCACCUCCUUUAUCACAUUCAGCUAUAGAUAACAGCACUGGAAGUACCUCACCGAAACCAACCAAAUCUUAUCGUAUCUCUACCACAACAACAGCACCAGAAUCUACCCUAUACCAACAACACAGACAUUUAUCUCCCAGGACACGUGCUAAUUCAUAUCAUUACGAUGAUUUACUAUUCAAUGCUAAUCAAACAUAUGCUUAUGAAACAUCAUCAGUGUCAUCAACGAAUACUCCAAUAAAGCAUCAUAAACAUCAACAACAGCGUGAACAAAGGACUUUCCCAUCAACAGUUUCGGGAAUGGCACUUCCUCCAACACAAUCACAUUAUCUUAAGUACUUGGAAUUAUCAUCACCACAACAACCAUCAUCAUCUAAACUUGUUAGUGGGAUCUUACACCAGAAUCAUUAUUCGUCCUAUCAACAUUGUCAACAACAACAACAACAGCCUUACUAUUCCUCCAUGGUGGAUCAACAACAAUCUCAAUUGGCGUUCCAACCUAUGUCAUCAUCACGUGUUAAUCGAUUAUUAUCUAUGUAUGAAUCAUCCAUGAAACCAACUGUAGCAACAACAUCCAUGAUCCAUAGCAAUAGCGGUAAUACCACUUCUUCACCACCCAUGUCACCUUCACAACAAAAUCAUCAUCAAGCUCAUCACUCUUCUUUUGUGUAUUAUCCAAAGUAGCUCUGUGAUGAAUCAAAAUUCCGUAGUAUAGUUUGUGUAUAGUUACGUUAGUUAUAUUUUCAUUUACUUUUUUUUUUUUCUUUUACUUCUCCAAAAAAAAAAAAAAAA